AUGAACGAAGACGCCUUUGUGAAUCAGACCUCAGGCUCACUUCUCCGGGCCUUGCGUGAACUCAAACGAGUGGAUGAGAUUCUACAGGGGUGCUCAGCCUUUUGGUCCAAUAUGGAUGGCACCGUUCAAAAGCUUGCGCAGAUGAAGGAGCACACGGAAUGCUUGGUCAACUUUGCCAACAGUAGCAAGCCAUUGAAGGAACGGUUUGAGCAGCGACUGGGUGAAUAUACGACGUUUUGGACAUCCCUGGAGCGUUUGUGCAGGCAAUACUGUAUGGACCAUCAAUCGUUCUCCAAGCAGAUGCAUGCCAUGAUGAGAGAGGUCUCUGACACUGCAGACUUCUUGGAUACAGCGCAAAGUGCCCGGUUCGACUCCUCAGUCUGUCAGUGCGUCACAAACAAACAGGUCAGCAGGUCAUUCAAACAACAGCUCCAAAUAACAAGGUAG